AUGGAUGCAAUCAGAAAACAAGCCAUAAAGCUCAGAGAACAGGUCGCUAGGCAACAACAGGCCGUUCUCAAGCAGUUUGCUGGUGGACUUGGAGGUUCAGAUAAUAUUGUAACUGAUGAAGGCGAACUGCAGCAGCAUCAGAAACUUGAGAAGCUUUACAUAUCAACGCGUGCUGGCAAGCACUUUCAAAGGGAUAUUGUUCGAGGCGUGGAAGGUUAUAUUGUUACUGGAUACAAGCAAGUUGAAAUAGGUACCAAGUUGUCAGAAGACAGCAGGAAGUACAGUGCUGAAAACACAUGUACGACUGGGAGUACACUAUCCAAAGCUGCCCUAAGUUACAGUAUAGCUUGUGCUCAAAUGGAAAAGGAGCGUGCAAAUUUACUGAAAGCCCUUGGCACACAGGUUGCUGAGCCGUUAAGAGCAAUGGUAGUGGGAGCCCCAUUGGAGGAUGCUCGACAUCUUGCUCAACGGUAUGACAGGAUAAGACAGGAAGCUGAAGCUCAGGCUAUUGAAGUUGUCAGGCGGCAAGCUAAGUUCAGAGAAUCCAAUGGUAAUCCAGAUAAUCUAUUGAAGCUGGAAGCCACAGAAGCAAAGCUUCAGGAUCUAAAAUCAAACAUGGCUAUACUGGGUAAAGAAGCUGCUGCCGCAAUGGCAGCCGUGGAAGCCCAACAACAGCGUUUGACUCUCCAGCGACUUAUAGCGAUGGUUGAGGCAGAGCGCAAUUAUCAUCAGAGAAUUUUGCAGAUACUUGAUCAGCUUGAGGGAGAGAUGUUAUCUGAGCGUCAACGAAUUGAGGCUUCACGAAGUCCUGCUGCUGAUAAUGCUAUGACUCCUCCCCCAUCCAUUGAUGAAGUCAAUGGUGUGUCUGCUUCUCAAGCAUAUGGUGGAUCAACCGAUGCCAUGGGAUACUUCUUGGUGGAGGUCAUGCAGUCGUAUCAAGCCGAGUCUGAUGUGGAAUUGACUUUGUCAAUUGGUGACUACAUUGUUGUCCGAACGGUGUCAAACAAUGGUUGGGCUGAAGGCGAAUGCAACGGGAAGGCGGGGUGGUUCCCGUUUGGGUAUGUACAAAGACGAGACCGUGUACUUGCAAGCAAAGUGGCUGAAGUUUAUUAAAUCUUUUUUAGUGCAUUUCCGGUGUAUCAAAUGUAUCAGAUUGAAUCUUGCAUUCCAACAGGUAAUGCAUGUAAAAUUUCAGUUGUUGUGUGUUGGCUGAAGCUGUUUCUAUUGCUUGAAUUGUAUCCACUUUGACGUGCAUAUAUAUAUAU